UAAAAUUGCACCUCCAGGAUGUUGUUUUCAUUGCAGUGCAUCUGUGUUUCUAAGGAAGAAUGCAGGGCCCUUUCAGCCUGUGAUGCUCUCAACCUGUGACUGCGCCCAUGGCAGCUGUCCAUCUGAGGAAACGGAGAAGGAAAACCAGCAAUUUUUGUCUUUUUAACACGCUUUGGCCUUAGCUUUUGAAAUCAGAAACCUAAAUAAUUUGUCAAAAUUCCUCUUCAAACUGGAGUAUAUAGAAGGCUUUUGAUGGGGCAACCAGCUGUGACCCUUGCAACUACAUUUACUUGUUUCCACCUUACAUCUCCAUGACUUUAAGCCUCACACACUGCUGUGCAGAGUCAGCCUCUAGUGUAACAGCUGGGAUCUGUCUGCCAGGUGGAACACUUCAGAGGGACUGCCGGAGCCACUGAGGGAGUUUUCAUCAAUGAAACUGUUGUGCUUUUGAAAGAAAACUGCACUGCAAGACAUGGCCUAACCUUUAAAACAAACACCUAAAUAUCACUCCAUCUGUUAGAGGACAGAGUCUUCACUCUGACCUGUGCCCUAUCUCUCUUUGUUCUCUCCCCCUGUAUAUUUUAGACUUAUUCUUCCAUACUGGCUCCUCUAUCUCCAAUUUUGGCUUGUAUUUUCCCAACAGUUGUCUCCCCUAGUCUCUGUUUUUGGGGUUUCUGACCCUCCUUCCUGUCAAGCUGGAUUUUCUGCAGAUGAAGCAUCUGAAGAGGAAAAGGAAGAGUAACUACAGUGUGAGAGAAACCCAGACUCUCAUAAGAGAGAUCCACAAAAGGAGGGACGUGCUGUUCUCCAGGCAGCAGAACACAGCCAUUAAUGAGCUGAAGAGACAAGCAUGGGAGGAAGUGGCACGAGGGGUCAAUGCACUGGGGGAGGGAGAGCUGCGCACUGCUGCUGAGGUAAAGCGUCGUUACCUGGACUGGCGUGCACUAAUGAAGAGAAAGCAGCUCCAGGCUGAGCUCUCUCUCUCCUCCUCCUCAGUCGCCCUGAAGACUGAGUAUGAUCAGUCAUCCCCUGAGCAUGAGGUGGCUUCUCUGGGAUCUGGCUGUGACCAGUUGCUUGACCUCUCUGGUCUCCCGAAGGAUUGUCACUGCGACUGGCCAGACCUGGAGGCUCUGAGUGAGCCGAGCGGACAGGCCAUGAUGGCACCUCUGGGUGUGAAGAUGGAGGAAGACGUCUGUGAAUACAGACUGAAUGGGGAUGGUGAUGUUGGAGAAGGAGAACUAGAUGAAGAUGACAUCCCCUCCCUCCUCGGUGACAUUGAGGCACGUGGGGAGGGUCAUGUCAGCGAUGUUUACCCCCACAAUGACUUGGGGCUGCUCAACUCCUGUAAGACUCCGACCUCCACCUUCAACAGAGACCUUCCGCUUCCUGGGGCCCCCAUGGGUAUGCCAUCUCAUGCUCUGGGUGGAGUAACCAGUCAUGAAAAUGUGGGAGCAGGAUUUCUGGUUGCUAUCGAGAAACAGAGGUUAGAGGUGGAGAAACAACGCCUGGCUGUGGAGACAGAACGGCUUGUGGUGGAGAAAGAGCGGCUGGGGGUGGAGAAGGAGCGUCUGAGACAGAUGGAUGUAGAGAGGGAACGUCUGCAGCUGGAGAAAGAGAGGCUACAGGUGGAGAGAGAAAGGCUGAGGCUCCUGCUCCUCAGCCAAUCAGAACACGCUGACUCUUCCUUCAACCUGCCGCCUCAACAAGGCCCGCCGUCGUCAUCCACACCUGCUUUAUCUUCCACCCAGCAUGACAGGCAGAUGGAGAGAGAGAAAGAGUGUAAAGGCUGGACAUCAGCUGUGGAUCUGGAGACAGAAAGGCUGAAACUGGAGAAAGAGAGACUGCAGCUAGAGAAAGAAAGGCUGCAGUUCUUUAAAUUUGAGGCUGGCAGACUGCAGAUUGAAAGAGAGCGCCUUCAUGUGGAGAAAGAGAGAAUGCAGCUGCACAAGGAUCAUCAGGGCCAUUAAAGAAAAGACCCAGAAUAGAAAAAAGAAAAAAAAUAGUGUAUAUGUGGAUUUGCAUAAGUAGCUGCUUACUUACAGUCUCCUUCAUGUUGCAACCUUUCCCAGGAGGGAGAGGACAGACACAGAGGGCUGACAUGUUUACGACCAUCAUGAUAGAGCAGUGCCUUAUGAUGUCUUCAUAAAAUAGGCGACAGGAUGGAACAGAUACCAUGAUAAUAAAAAUCAUGAAAUAGGGUUUGUUUGGUGCACACAGCUGGCUUUGAUUUAUAAAAUGUGACAAGUUUAAACAGCUGUUUAGUCUUCUGUCUAGAUAUGCUAAUGCACAAAAUGUGCAAAAAUUGCUAAGCUGAAGAAUCAAUGCUAUUAACAGUAGAAAAUGUUUCACAUGAAAAAAUUGAAUGGUGAUGUCUUAAACCGCAUCAAAUCAGUGCCAAUUAAUUUUUUUGCAUGGGUGCUUACCUUUUACUUAAGACAAAACAACCAUUACUUAUAAAGACAGAUUUUUUUGUAUGACACUUGUUAUGCUGUCAAACUCUUUUCUUAUUAUAUUGUUUGCAUGCCAGUACUUUCAAUUUUCUACAAGUGUUUUAACCUGAUUUUUCAUUUUUGAUAUAUUUUACAGCUGCUUAAUAAUAGUUUACAGUUUUUAAAAAAUCAAAGGGCUAAGUUCUGGUGACGUGUCCCAGUAUUCCAUGAAAAGGAGACAGUAAGUCAUAAGCUUUUGUCUCAUUUCAGUGGUAGCAUCCUUUGAAGGACCCAGACUACAACGGAUUCUCUCUGCCUUAACCCCCUUGUUUCUAAGGCUUGUCCACACUUCUGUACAUAUGCAAACAGUGUAUUUGGUCACUUAAAACUCAACUUUUUGAAAACUCUUUCCAAGGUGAAGAUUUUUUGAAACUCUGCUCACAGCAUUUACUGUAUGUGUGGAUGGGGGACACUGGGAUCUAGGCUAAUGCCACAUUGUGCAUCGGUUUCUCAUCUGUUUGAUGUCACUGGUUGUCUGGGUUAUCACUUCUGUUUCCAUUGCAAUGACAGAUGCUAAACCUGCACUGGUUUUAACAUUGAUAACUGGACUUUUGACAUGCUUACACAUACCUACAAGGAAAACCUCUGUUUUCAAAAAUACCUGCCUAUGUGUGGACAAGGCCUAAGGGCUUCCCCUGUAUCCUCAACAGCUGCUCCUUAACCUUUUAAUUUAAAGAUAAUUGGACAUUUCAACACUUAUUUCUAAGGAUUAUUUUUUGUGCUUUUUGCCUUCAUUUGAUAGGACAGCCAAAGAGAGACAGGAAACUUCGGGAGAGAGAGUGGGGGAAGACAUGCUGAGACCGGGAAGCGGUCCCAGGACCAGUGCUUUGAGGACUGUAGCCUCAGUAUAUGGGCACCUGCUCUACAAACUGAGCCAAAUCAGUGCCCAAUAUUUGAAGACUUUUUUAGCGUAGUGAUGCUCAAUAUAUAACCAAUUUCAAACCAGUUGCUUACAUUUAAAAUUAUAUUACUUGGCCCCUUGAGAGUCUGCCAUCUAGGGUGAAUUGUAGCACACUAAGCUGUCAAGGACGCACCUGAUAUAGAUUGUUUCCACUGAGCGCUCUGGUUCAGUCUAGUAUGACACAGUACACAUUUUUUUUUGUGUGUGUGUUUCCAUUAUCAAAAGUUGGAAAGGGUCCCAAAUAACCAACCUGUAUAGUUCCACUUUUUUUGGCACCCUUUCUUUGCGGUGUCAAGCUUACCUAUCUGUCCCAAAAGGAGAAGCUGUUUCCUGGACCAUUGAUAUUAAUAUCUGGACACAAAUUGGAUUUCCUGACAUUUAUGUGGACCUGAUUUCAAGUACAUGAAGCAAAGCCUGAAGGUAAACAACCUGGUUCAUUAGUGAUAGAUGUGAAACUGAAUUAAUGAUGAAGUUUUGUAAGAUCAUAUUUUAACUACAGGUAACCUGUGAAAAGAUCGAUCUGUGGUUAAAUGCAUUCACAAAACUUUGGAUGUUAGCCUUUUUUUAAACAAGAUCAAUGUACCCAGGAUUUCUUACUUAAUUUCAUUCAAUUUUAACAAGCUAAACUUUUAUUUUCAAUGUGUUGAAUUCACACAGUACAGCUCUUAACUUUUCCAUUAUGUUGUAUUGUUAAAGUGUCAGAUAUGCUGACUUCAUAACACCUUCACAGAAAUAACUGAAGUAUUUAACAAAUAGAAAUUAGGUUAUUUCCCAAAUACUACUGUAUGUGUGAUAAAUAUUGAUGGACUUGACAUUUCUUGAUCAUCGCUAAGAUGUAGUUAUUAAAAUACAGCAGCUUUCAACUGAAAUAAAGCUGUUUACUAUAUAUUCCCUACUGAUUUUAGUCACCAGUAUGACCUUUCAUCAACUCAGCGGCUGGAACAGCAGAGACUCACGCUAGCUGUGAUGCCCCAUGUAUUUCCUCUACAUUUCACCUAAAAGGGUAUGGGUCUAUGUGGAAACCGUACUCAAUGGAACUGGACCACUUGAUGGAAAUGUGGCAAUAGAUAAUGUUUUCCAGGUAAAGUAGGAUACAUUUGUUUGUAACACUUAAAGGAGCCUUUGAAAUAGGACAUGAUAGUGUGAUGUAAUAAGUCUUCAAAUGUGCCAAAUAAAGAAUGCAACCACUGAAAUGGGACACAGCUUAUCUGACACAACUAAAUGAAAUUCAGCAGCUGUUCAUAUUUGUAACACUUUUGCUAUCUCUUCUAAGAACAUCUUGUCUUGUGUGGAAAAAUCUUUGAAGUUUUUUUUUCUCUUAAAGUUGUGCAAGAUAACUAAACAUCUGUUAUGAGCAGCUAUGGGUAGAAGUUUUGCUUGCAUGCUAUUACAUUAAAGUGUUUUAGUUCUGAUGUCAAAAAUAUAUUGUGAAAAGUUUCUGACAGGUUAUAUAUCAUCAAACAAAGUGGACACUCCAACUACUGUUGUAAUAUUGUGAACACAUGCUGUUUUUCACCCAAUAUUUGUCCUGUUCACACCGUAAACAUCCUGUUACCAGGUCAUGUGUCCCUAGCAGCAACUCUUUCAUAUUAUUUCCUUGUAAAAUCCAUCUCUGAUAUGUGCACAACUGUAUUUAUACAUAUUUUUAAUCUGUCUUUUUCCUUGUGUCAAUAAGUCUGUAAACAGAAUUGAAGAGAAAAGAAACAUCAAACAAGAUGUUAUUAUCAGAGUUGAAUAAAACCAAA